AUGGACCAUAUGGGCUUUCAGGUCCCGGGCAUGGCCCCGCCGAUCAUGAAUCAGCCGCCACAGGUUUUUGGUGGCUACGAUGGCAUACCGCAGUUGCCCCCAGAGAUUGCUGCGCAGAUGUUCAAUGAUUCGGCUAUGUUGCUUGAAGAUGCAAACGAUCCCAAGAGAAGGAGGAUUGCUAGGGCCUGUGAUAUGUGCCGGAAGAAAAAGAUCAAGUGUGAUGGCAAGAUGCCUUCUUGUACUCACUGUAUCAACUAUAAGACCGAGUGUGUCUUCACGCAAGUUGAGAAGAAGCGUGCUCCUCCUAAAGGUGCCAAGUAUAUCGAGGGGCUCGAGAACCGGCUGAACCGUAUGGAGCAUCUUUUGAGACUUUCUGGCCUCCUUGACGAAGAUGAUGAUGACCUUGGCGCGUUAGAGAAAAGGUUACUGGAAAGACAAGAGAAGUCGAGACAGGUGUCAAUGCCUGUGGUAUCCAACCCUAAUUCACCAUCUCAAUCGACAUCCGGCCCAUCGGCUGCCGCAGAUGGCGGCGAGAUGACCCCUCAAAGUUCACUUACCUCGCCCAAGGAUGAUAAACGCAAAUCAGCAACACCAGCUCCCUCGACAGCUCCAUCAACAGCUCCGGCACCAGCUGCUAAUGUGGAUGAUAUCAAAAAGGAAGAUCAGGAAGAAGUGGAGGCUCUUUCAGAGUUGAUGUGUUCUUUAGUAACAAAUAAUUUUGGAGAGACCAGAUACAUUGGAUCGUCAUCUGGCUUCUCCAUAUUUUCACCAAAGGGAGUGUCGUGGGUGAAUUCGAAAACAGGGGAUGAUUCCUUUCAACGGACCAUAUCAGAUAUAUCUGUCGAUGACCACAAAUGGACUAAUUGGAAACCUGAAGUAUUUGGCGACUUAUUCCAACGGCCGAUCUUCCGGCCUCUGCCCCCCAAACCUGAGGCACUUUCACUUCUCCAGGACUUCUUUGACAACUUCAAUUGCAUCUUCCCUCUAUUUCAUCGGCCGACAUUCAUGCACCUAGUACAUCUUCAAUACUCAUCAGACCCUUACCAAGGCUCUGGAUGGUGGGCCAGUCUCAACUGUGCGCUCGCGAUUGCCCAUCGUUUGCGAGUUAUGAGCAAUCUGGUACCACAGGAUGAGGACGAAAAGGCAUGGGGUCACUUGAAGAAUGCCAUCGGAGUAUUUCCCGAGCUGACCAUGCGCAACACCGAUUUGUUGAGUGUUCAAGCCCUCCUUGGUAUGGCUUUGUUCUUGCAAGGAACGCCAAACCCUCAGCCCACUUUGCUACUAGUCUCAGCAGCCAUGCGCCUGGCACACAGUAUCGGUCUCCAUAAGCGCGGGACUGGUUUCAACCUGAACCCUAUAGAGAUCGAGCAACGGAAAAGAGUCUUCUGGAUCGCAUAUAUGUUAGACAAAGAUCUCUGCCUCCGAGCGGGUCGUCCACCUGCCCAGGACGAUGACGACAUGAACGUUGAGCUCCCGGAUGCUGACCCGGAGGACAACAUUGGCAAUAUCCCCUUGGCAGAUGGCAAGGGUAAGAUGAAUCUCUUCCGGGUUAUGUGUGAGUUUGCCACUAUCGAAAGUGAAGUAUAUAAGAGGCUGUACUCUGUUCAAGCUACAAAGCAAUCAGAUGGUGAACUACUACACACCAUCGGCGAGCUGGAUCACAAGUUGGAAGAAUGGAAGGAUCGCAUCCCGAUUGACUAUCGGCCCGAGCACGACAUCAAUGCCUCGCACACUCCUCUGAUUCUUCACGUUGUCAUGUUGCAUCUUACCUAUUAUAACUGCCUGACAACCAUUCACCGCAUGUCAGUUGCCCAUGGACUCUGGACCAGCCGACUGGCCAAUUAUGCCAUUCAGGGUCUCAAUGCCCGACCACUAAACCCGCGGGUGUUUUCUUCUGCAGCACUAUGCACGGCUGCAGCCCGAGCUUCAGUCUCGUUGCUAAAAUAUGUGCCUCAAGGCGAUUUUGCCUGCGUUUGGAUGAUUCUCUAUUUUCCUGUUUCUGCACUGGUGACGCUGUUUGGAAAUAUCUUACAGAACCCACUCGAUCCCCGAGCAAAGUCAGACACUCGACUCAUGAACAUUGUGGUAACCUUCCUCUCCAUGCUUGGACAGGAGGCUGAACAGGGCGGUGUGCAUCGAAUGCUCGGUAUAUGUGCCGAGUUUGAGCGUAUAGCCAAGGCUGUAAUCGACAAGGCUGAAAAAGAACAGUCUUCUCGACGCAAGCGUAAGAACCACGAUACCAAUAAAUCAUCUACCAACGCUACUACGGCCACGGCUCGACAGCCUAGCACUGCAGAACCAGCAACAACUACUUCAGCGUCUUCUAAUUCUCAGAGAAGAUCAUCACAAGCCCAGUUAUCGCCUCCCCAGAACGGUGCCUCAAUGGGACAGUUCUCCAUGGGUAGUCCAAUGAACGACCCUUCUCCUUCAGCAAUGUCAGCUGGCUGGCCUCAAGAGUUCCCGGUGCCUCAGUCAGGCGACUUUGACUCAAUGAAUUAUGGCGACACAAACAUGAAUUCAUCCCCGCAGAUUCCAGUAGCAGCAUUCCAGCAGCCGCUUCUUCCGCAAGACCUCUUUUCUUUGCCAAUGACGCUAGAUUGGAGCUGGGCUGAGAUGACUACUGGCGCAUACCCAACAGUCGAGAACGGCAACUUUGGAGAGGACUGUAACAAUUGUUGA